AAAACCCUGAUCCUACAGUAUUUAAAUGAACUCCUGAAGUCCUUCAGUCAUAGUCUCACUGACCUAGACAUAACACAAGCACAGUUGAACGAGAACAAGAAGACAAUGAAGACUAUUGCAGCUUUUGUUCUUCUCGUCUGCCUGAUCGCUGUAGGGGUGAAAGGACAGGACAGGUCUUCAAAGGGCAGGUGCUUCUGUGCAGACAAAGGUGCAAACAUGGUUUUAGUGAAGAACAUCGAGAAGGUUGAAAUCAUCCCUCCAAGUCCAUCUUGUCGCAAACAUGAGAUUAUUGUCACUCUGAAGAAUGGUGCAGGAUGGAAAUGCAUGAAUCCAGAGUCAAAAUUCACUCAAAAUGUCAUCAUAAAGGCUCUUGAAAAGAGAAGCCAGCAGACAGCUCCACACAGUACAACUGCCUCUGUGCCUCUGAAGAACACCAUGACUUCAUCAUCAGCACCAACAUCCUUCAAAUGACUUCAGAUGAAAUAAUAUUCUUCCUCAUAAGUCGGAGUUCAGUUUAGAAGAAAAAAAAAAACUGGGUUGUUUUCAAAAACGUUUCCACAUAUGUGUCAUUUGUACAGUCUUUUUAGAAUUUGCUUUAUGAUUGUAUUUUCAUUGUCUAUAAUGAUGUGUCAAAUAAAAGUUUUAUAAAUUAUGUAUCCCAAA